AUGGGUGUCCGUACCAAGACCGUGAAGGGCUCUGCCGUCAAGAUCAUUGAGAAGUACUACUCGCGUCUCACCCUUGACUUCGACACGAACAAGCGUGUGUGCGAUGAGGUUGCCAUCAUCCCGUCGAAGCGCAUGCGCAACAAGAUUGCGGGUUACAUCACGCACCUGAUGAAGCGUAUCCAGCACGGCCAGGUGCGUGGCAUCUCGCUGAAGCUGCAGGAGGAAGAGCGCGAGCGUCGUAUGGACUUUGUUCCGGAGGUGUCGGCCAUUGACACGGAAAACAUUGAAAUCGACAACGACACGAAGGACCUACUUGUCCACUUGGACCUCAAGCUGGCCGGCGUGCACGUGCCUCAGCUAAAGGCCCGUGAGCAGCAGCACCACCACCGCAACUAA